AUUGAAGCUCGGUGGUCGCUAUUUCUUGAGCUGCAUUGGUGCGUCCUUAUUGUUGUUGUUCGAGAGAGAGAGAGAGGCGUGGACGGGUACCGAGCGGAGGAUGACUACGACUACUUGUUCAAGCUGGUGCUCAUCGGGGACUCCGGGGUGGGCAAGUCCAACCUCCUCUCCCGCUUCACCCGGAACGAGUUCAACCUCGAGUCCAAGUCCACCAUCGGCGUCGAGUUCGCCACCCGCAGCAUCACCGUCGACGGCAAGAUUCUGAAGGCCCGGAUAUGGGACACCGCCGGCCAAGAGAGGUAUCGUGCCAUAACAAGUGCUUACUACCGGGGAGCGGUGGGUGCAUUGCUGGUGUAUGAUGUUACUAGACAUACUACAUUUGAGAAUGUUUCACGGUGGCUGAGGGAGUUGAGGGACCAUACAGAUCCUAACAUAAUUAUCAUGCUCAUCGCCAACAAGUCAGACCUCCGUCACCUUAUUGCUGUUCCUACUGAAGAUGGCAAGGCUUAUGCUGAGAAGGAAUCUUUAUAUUUUAUGGAAACAUCUGCAUUAGAAGCAACAAAUGUGGACAAUGCAUUUGCAGAGGUCUUGACUCAGAUUUACCAUAUUGUCAGCAGGAAGGCAGUGGAGGCUGGUGAUGAUGCAGCAUCUUCUGCACCACCUAGUACAGGUGAAAGAAUAAACGUGAAAGAUGAUGCGUCGAUGAGGAAACUUAGCUGCUGUUCAACUUAGAAGCUUCAUUCCUAAAACCAAGCUGAUCCGGAGGUGAUCAAAGCGGACAAAUCCAACCAAGCUCACUCACGAGAUUCCGGGAAUCUGAAUCUGUCCUCUCUGCAACAAAUAACACUGCACUGGAGCCCCUCGAUAACAAGAAGCCAUCUUCAUUGUACGCUCAUCAAUGAUACCUUCGUUUGGAAGGCAGAGCACCAUCAUUCAGGUGGUUAGAUACUGAUAGCACUAUCACCUAAUUGUGACCUGUGUAGUAAAGAAGCAAACAUCAUCGAGCAUGGAAAUGACAGGAAGGCAAGGGCACUGUCAUUUAAGAUAAACAA